AUCAUAAUGCUAUCCUGCCAGUUAUUCAUCCCUUGCAACUCCUCUUCUUCGUGGGUAUAUUAGAAAUAGACUGGCAGCAGCUGAAAGGAUCCUUAAAGGAAAAGGAGGUUGGCAUUGGGGAAUGCAGGGGUGGAGAACCAAAAAUCGUGGAUGGCAAUGUUAAAAUGACUCUUGGAAUGAUCUGGACCAUCAUCCUUCGUUUUGCCAUUCAGGAUAUCUCAGUUGAAGAGACAUCUGCUAAAGAAGGACUUCUGUUAUGGUGUCAGAGGAAGACAGCCCCCUACAAAAAUGUAAACAUCCAGAACUUCCAUAUCAGUUGGAAGGACGGCCUUGGUUUCUGCGCUUUAAUUCAUAGACACCGUCCAGAGCUCAUCGACUAUGGGAAGCUACGAAAGGAUGAUCCUCUCACUAAUCUAAACACAGCUUUUGAUGUGGCUGAGAAAUAUCUGGAUAUUCCGAAGAUGCUGGAUGCAGAAGACAUUGUUGGAACUGCCCGUCCUGACGAGAAAGCCAUCAUGACCUAUGUUUCUAGCUUCUACCACGCCUUCUCAGGAGCCCAGAAGGUAUCACAGGAUCCCAAGCUCCCUCCACAGAGCACACCUGAUAUUAUAGGCACGCUAAGGCCGGAUGAGAAGGCCAUAAUGACCUAUGUCUCAUGUUACUACCACGCCUUCUCAGGGGCACAGAAG